UUUUGAAUGAUGCUUAAUUUUAUUCAUUAACAAUAACCUACAAAUACCAAAUACAAUAUGCUCAUUUCAGCAAAUCUCUCCUUAUCCUUAAACCCCUCCAUCAAAAUGCCUCCAAAAACCUUCUCAAUCUUCCCUUCUCUUCCCUCUCUUCCUCACCAAUUCCAAAACCCCUUCUCAAAUUCCCACCUCCAUUUCAAAACCCACCUUCCCAAAUUCUCUCUCAUCAAAUGCAGUGCUACAGCAGCUCCAAAUUCAGACCCUCAACUCCAUGGAAAUCCCCAAAACCCACCAACCCAAGUUCCAAUUUCGGGUUCCGAAACCGGAACCGAAGGCGCUGGGGCUGCCGCUCCCACCCGGGGGCAGCUCUUCUUGGAGCACCACCAAGCUCAAGCUGCUUCAAAAUUGGUUCUUGCUGCCAAUAAGAAGAGGAAGAAGAAAGAGAAGUUAAGUGGGUCAUUUAAGGGAUUGAAUUCGGUUGAUUGUUGUUAUGGUUGUGGAGCUCCUUUGCAGAUUCAGGAAGUUGAUGCUCCGGGUUUUGUUGAUCCGGAUACCUAUGCGCUGAAAAAGAAGCAUCGCCAGCUCAAAACUGUUAUCUGUGGGAGGUGUCGUCUUCUUUCACAUGGACAUAUGAUUACUGCUGUUGGUGGGCAUGGAGGUUAUGCUGGAGGAAAGCAGUUUGUUACUGCUGAGGAAUUACGUGAUAAGCUUUCUCACUUGCGCCAUGAGAAAGCGUUGAUUGUUAAAUUGGUGGAUAUUGUUGACUUCUAUGGCAGUUUCUUGUCUCGUGUGCGUGAUCUUACAGGUGCAAAUCCAAUAAUAUUGGUUGUGACCAAGAUUGAUCUCCUUCCUAAAGGGACUGACAUGAAUUGUGUUGGUGAUUGGAUAGUUGAGGCUACUACAAAGAAAAAACUCAAUGUCUUAAGUGUUCACCUAACAAGUUCAAAAUCCUUGGUUGGAAUAUCUGGAGUUGUUGCUGAAACCCAGGAGGAGAAAAAGGGACGGGAUGUAUACAUCAUGGGCUCGGCUAAUGUUGGAAAAUCAGCAUUUAUCACUGCAUUACUAAUGUUGAUGGGAGAAAGGGACCCAGUGGCCGCAGCAGCUCAAAAAUAUAAGCCCAUUCAAUCUGCUGUUCCAGGAACUACCUUGGGUCCUAUUCCCAUUGAUGCCUUCUUUAGUGGAGGGAAAUUAUACGACACUCCUGGAGUGCAUCUCCACCAUAGGCAAGGUGCUGUUGUUCCCACAGAUGACUUACCUUUACUAGCUCCUCGAAGUCGACUGAAGGGUCGAUCAAUUCCUAGCAAUCGAGACACCAUUUCGGGUGCCCGUGGAAUGGAGGGUUUCUCAAUUUUCUGGGGUGGUCUUGUCAGAGUUGAUGUUUUAAAGGUUCUCCCAUGUACACGAUUGACAUUCUAUGGACCAAAGGCCUUGCAGAUUCACAUAGUGCCUACAGCAGAAGCUGAUGAAUUUUACAAGAAAGAAAUAGGACUUAUGCUUACACCUCCGACCAGCAAGCAAAGAGCAGAGAGUUGGAAUGGACUUGAAACAGAGCGCAGAUUGCAGUUAAGAUUUGAUGACCCAGAUAGACCAUCUUCUGAUAUAGCAAUUUCCGGCCUGGGAUGGAUAACCAUCGAACCAAUUAGCAAAGAGCUCAGGAUGUCAGAUCCAAUUCCUGAACUUCCUGAUGAUAAUGAACUACAUUUUAAUGUUCACGUUCCAAAACCUGUCGAAAUUUUUGUUCGGUCUCCCUUGCCUGUGGGCAAGAGUGGAAGUGAGUGGUACCAAUAUAGGGAGCUAACAGAACAGGAAGAAGAAUUCAGACCUAAGUGGUAUUACUGAUUACCGAAAGCUGCAAUGAAUAAGGACCACAAGGGAACAAUACACUUGCUUCAUAGAUCUGUGUUAGCCAUUUAUGUUUGAGUCAAUUUUUUUCGCCUUUUAGCGAAUGUAGUAGUGUAGUACUAGCCACAGGUGAAGAGUAUCAAAUUUUGUAGAGGAUGUAUAAGCUAGUCAUUAGUUUCAUAGAAGAAAUUUGUACAUAUACAUCUUUGUAUCUAUUUUGAAAGUGUACAAUAUUAUGGACACACAAAUAAUUUCAAAUUUUGUCGGGGAACAAACAUAAGAUAUGAGAUCAAAUCUUGUUUACAUCGCAA